AUGCCUACCACGCCUGCCGACAUCAAGGCGCGUCGCGAAUAUCGUCAGCACAUGCUAUCUCGCAUUGCAUCUCCAGUCGUUAAGACUGAACCGGUAUCACCAACGUAUCGCCCUUCUACGCCUGUGUUCUUGGUCUCCAGCCACCAGUUGUAUUCGAGCGAGACUGCAACCAACACCGGUAAGACUUCAGCUGCCAUCGACAGCAGCGCUCCUAUCAGCACUCCUCAUCAUCGCUCUUCACCUCGCUUCAGCAAGGAGAAAACCACGCCCAAGGCAGCCGAAUCACCUCGCCUCAAGCUAAAAUUAAAGCGUACCAGCGAUAAGACGGCACUCACCACCCCAGGUGACAGCAACAGCGGCACCAUUGCGAAGCCCAUCAGCGUCAGCUCUACCUCCGACUCAACCAGCUCCAGUGGCUCUGGUCUUAAGCUCAAGCUCCGCGGGAUUCAAGCUGCCCUCAAAGAGCCCCACCCAAGCGUCCUCGGCUCAUCUCCCUUGAACAGCAAAACAUCAGCCUUCAGGUCUAGCUUCAACCAAGUUGCUGGCCGCAAGCGCUCCGCUACCGAGUCCACUGUGGAUGAUGAAGACGACACCGAUUCCGAAAUCGAGCUCUUCCCCUCGAAACCACGCCGGAGCAACGCUGUCAAGAAAGUCAUCAAGAAAGACGUCAAACAUACCUCGCCUAUCAAGACUAAGAAGAUGAAGACCACUCACUUCUCCGCCAUUCUCGACGAUGAUGCGAUGUUCGACGCUGGUGAUGAAGAUGAGUCGCGUGAUGAUGACGCCGGCCCACAGCUCUCACUCGUCACACCUGUCAUGAAGCGCAACAAGCGUAUCCUUGACAUAGGCAACCCUGAGCACAAAAAGCUUAUCGACAGUGCCACCAAGGUGGGUGCCGACUACUAUGACAGCGAUGCCGAUGACCUUCCCGGCAACGUCAAAGACACCAGCAAGCCUCAUCUCUUUCGUAAUGUUAAGUGGGGCGCCAAAGCUACAGACUACGCCAAUGCCGCCGACUUCGCCGAUGAGCCUGAGUUCACGCAGUUCGUCCCCGGCCGCUUCGAGCUCCAGCCCGACGGCACCCUCGCCGACCAGAAAGCCAAGCUCAUCAUCAAGCUUACCGACAAGUCCGGCCGCCAGCGGAUCUUCACCAAUCCACCACCCCGUGAUUGGAACAAUCAGGAGGCCAUCACUGCGCUGAACAAGCGCACCGUGCAGCAGAUCCGCCGCAACACGAACGUCCGGUUCCGCGAGGUCGUCCAUGCCUACGUGGCGGAGGAGCGGGGCUGGAUCCUCGCGAACCUCACGAACGGCAAGCCCACCAAGGGCUGGAAGCCGUUCGUGGAGGAGUUCAACAAGCGGUUCGAGGGCACGGUGGUGCACGGGGUGAAGGGCACCAGGCCCUAUAGAAGCCACUCCAGCCUCACCAAGGAGGUGGAGAGGUUUGGGCCUCAAUUCUACGCCAAGGGCCUGGUGCCGGUGACUGCCAAGAAGGGCAAGAAGGAGUGAGUGGUUGGAGGUGGGCGGUAGGUGGUUGUUGGUAGUAGAUAGCGCUGGUCGCUUGUGAGCUUUGGUGACCAGGGUAUAGGUAGUUGUUGCGCGGUGGCGCUUUUUCUGAAUGGAUACCACGUUUAC